AUGCAGUACAUCUCCGUUGAAUGCGUGGCCACCAACAUGGGGGCCACACAACGCCCGUGCCCCUUGUUCGAGAACAACGUCAUGUCGUGGUCUGCGAUCAAUCUCCUGUGGCGGCCAUGUUCAACCCGUCGACAAGCUUAUCCAGAGCUCAAAUUCAAACGGUCGGAUGACCCUUCACCGCAGUACGCAACGAACGCCUUGCUGGAUUGUGCUGCGAGUGAAGGGGUCCUCGCCGUGGACCUCAAGUAUCGGGUGUGGAAUCCUCAGUACAGUCGGUUUCUGCACUUAGAUUGGAAUUGUUGUCGAGGGGCACCCACGGACGAUGCCAUGUGUGGUCGCUGA